GCCAAUAUCUAUAUAAAUGUGGCCGAGGAGAGAAGCGGGAUCAGGAGGCGAGCGGGGCCGGGCGGGCCGCAGCCGGGAGGUCCCUUCCGCUCUCAGUCUCCUUCCCGGCCCCGCGCGUGGCAGCCGCCGGGGCGGGCACCGCCGCCGCUCCCCGCCCUCCCGGCGCGGGGCAGGGAGCGGGACGCGCCGCAGGAGGGAGGAUGCCUGCCGGGCUCUGCUGGCCCGCGGCGGCCGCCCUGGCGCUGCUGUUUGUGGCGCUGCUGCUCGUCCUGUGCCGGAUCCUCUGGGCGCUGCGCUGGAGCCUCAGCCGAGACCGCACCAGCGCCCUGCCGCUGCCCAAGGGCUCUAUGGGCUGGCCCUUCUUCGGGGAGACCCUGCACUGGCUGCUGCAGGGAUCCCGCUUCCACAGCUCCCGGCGGGAGCGCUACGGCAACGUGUUCAAGACCCACCUGCUGGGCCGCCCGGUGGUGCGGGUAACGGGCGCUGAGAAUGUCCGCAAGAUCCUGCUGGGCGAGCACACACUGGUCAGCGCACAGUGGCCCCAGAGCACCCAGAUCCUCCUUGGCUCCCACACGCUGCUUGGCUCCACAGGUGACCUGCACCGCCAGCGCCGCAAGAUCCUGGCCAGAGUGUUCUGCCGUGCUGCCCUGGAAAGCUACCUGCCGCGGAUCCAGAAGGUUGUGAGCUGGGAGCUGCGGGGCUGGUGCAUGCAGCCGGGCUCCAUCGCCGUUUAUUCCUCUGCUAAAACCUUAACUUUCCGCAUUGCAGCUCGGAUUCUGUUGGGACUCCGUCUGGAGGAAAAGCAGUUCAAGGACCUGGCCAAAACCUUUGAACAGCUGGUGGAGAACCUCUUUUCCCUGCCCCUCAAUGUGCCCUUCAGUGGGCUGCGCAAGGGCAUCAAAGCACGGGACAUGCUGCAUGAGUUCAUGGAGAGGGCCAUACAGGAGAAACUGCAGCGAGCCAUGUCAGAAGAACACAGCGAUGCUCUGGAUUUCAUAAUAAACAGUGCCAAGGAGCACGGCAGAGAGUUCACCAUGCAGGAGCUGAAGGAAUCAGCCAUCGAACUCAUAUUUGCUGCAUUUUUCACCACGGCCAGCGCCAGCACCUCCCUCAUCCUCCUGCUGCUAAAGCAUCCCACAGCAAUUGAAAAAAUCCGUCAGGAGCUGGCAUCCCAUGAGCUGUACCCACAGCACCAGAACUGCCCCAUGGCACCCUGCCCUGGGGAAGGCAGGGGCAGCAAGCAGCAACUCCUCACCACAGCCAGCAAUGCUCAUGAAGACCAGAAUCAGCCCCCUGACUCCAUAGAGGAGAUAGAACUGGGGGGUGGCUGCUCCCCCCAGCCCCCAUCCCCGCUGGACCCCACGCACCCCCCUAGCAGCCCCCAGUCCCGGGGCUGCAGCUGCCCCCCAGACAUCAGCCUGGAGCAGCUGAGCCGACUGCGCUACCUGGACUGCGUGGUCAAGGAGGUGCUGCGGGUGCUGCCGCCCGUCUCUGGGGGAUACAGGACUGCACUGCAGACCUUUGAGCUGGAUGGUUACCAGAUCCCCAAGGGCUGGAGCGUGAUGUACAGCAUCCGUGACACACAUGAGACAGCUGCUAUCUACCACAGCCCCCCAGGUGGCUUUGAUCCUGACCGCUUCAGUGUCACUCAGUCGGAGGCUGCUGGCCGCUUCCACUACAUCCCCUUUGGCGGCGGGGCACGGAGCUGCAUUGGAAAGGAGCUGGCACAAGCCAUCCUAAAGCUGUUGGCCAUCGAGCUGGUCACCACAGCCCGCUGGGAGCUGGCCACCCCCACCUUCCCCGCCAUGCAGACAGUGCCCAUUGUGCACCCUGUUGAUGGGCUGCAGCUCUACUUCCACCCCCUGCAGCCCAGACAUGGUGGUGGGACCUGAGCCAGGAUGCUGAGCUCAGCCCAGUGCCAGUGCUCAUGGCUGGGCCACUACAGAGCAAAGCCCAAAGGCCUUGUUAUUUUACCCCUUCCUGGCGCUCAGUGCAUUAGGAAUGGUCCCACAGAGCCCUGAGAACCAAGGGAAGCCUCAUCCCCCUGGGGGUGCCCACCAGCCCAGCCCCAAUCACAUCCCCAGGAGCAAAGCCCCAUUCCUGCUCCAGGGCUUUCUCCUGUGGGGAAAGGCAGGAGUGUCCUGCACACCCCGUCCUCCACACCCUGUCCUGUACACCACAGCUUUCUAGAGGUGGAAAAGAGGGAAGAUGAGGGCUCUGCAGGGAAACACCCACUAGGUCUGCCCAAUUCACGGUAUCAGCUGUAGGUAGGAUAAUUAUGUCAAGAGUUUUUUAUUGUAAAUAUUUCAUCUCUUUCCUGCACUUCCUAUUAGAGCCAGCGCAAAUAAGAUGUUUGUUGACGCAGUGGUUGUGCAUGUAGUGUCUGAGUGCCGUACUGCUGCUCAGGGCCUGACAUGCAGCCCCAUCCUGAGUCCCUGCAGAAUGCAGAGAGCAGCCUGAGAUGGGGCACAGACCUGUGGCAAAUAAAUGUUUGGAAAAUGUU